GUCACGAAAAUGUAUCUAGCCGAAUGCCUGGCCCUUAUACUCUCAUUCUCUUGUUCCAGUCCAUGAAGUAGAUCACGCCACGUGUGCACAUCAUUCUUACGUCAUUCAUACAAGUUUUUAAAAAAAAAGAAGAAAAAAAAAAAAAGCCAUGCCUUAGCGAAAUUUCAAAGGCAAUAUGAUUUAACUAGGAUCUGAUGUAGCUGUAGGAUGUCAUUCAUUUUUCAGGAGAUAUUCUAACAUACAUGCAGCAAUGAUAGCAGAGAAUGCAGAUGAAAUUCAAGACUUGUGUGGCAUAAUUACAGAAGUGGUUGGUGUGGAUCAUUAUCCUGGAAGGGAUAACAUCCCAUUGCAAAACACUGAGCUAGUUCUGUGGAGGGAUCCCAACAAUGAAGCAGACUUUAAUGCUAUUCAAGUCAGAAGUCUAGAAGGAGACUUAGUGGGUUAUAUUCGUAAAGAGCUAGCACCACAGUUAUCACAGCUGCUGAGGAAUGAUACCAUUCACAUAAAUCAUCUCAAGGUGUUCACCUUCCCGCAGUCAAGACCUGGCGCUAGAUAUCAAGUGAAGAUCAGAAUUGGCAUCUUUGGAUUUCAAAGUAAGAGAGCUGAUGUAAUGAAGGUAUUGCAACAAAACAGAUUUUUAGACCCCAAGGCUUCUGAAUAUACAGCAUUAUCACAGUCUGCCAGGAAACGCCAUAGUGAUGGACAUGUAUCAGCAUAUCAACUGGAGGAAAGGUUUCACAGUGGCAGUCCUAUAAGUAUUGAUGUACCAAGUGGAGAUACAUCUGAACUUGAUGAGGGUUCACGGAUUCUUCUAUUUUCUAUUUUGCUGAUGUCAGACUACACAGUUAAGAAGAGUGAUCAGAAAAGUUGGAUAUCCCUUCUCCAAACUCUGAGUAAAGCCUUCAAAUCUUUGAAUCCUGGAACAAAUGUUCGAAUUCGUCCAUUUAAUGAAUACUUAACAGUCAGAACAGAUGGUAGUGUUACCUUUUUAUCAAAACGCCAACGUGAUCAAGUGAUAGACUUCAUAGACUCACCUGAGUAUGUGAGAGUAUUUUUGACCCAUGCUGAUCAAAAGGCCAUCAAAGAAUACUGUAGAACUUCCAAGCCAAGAAGUGCAGAGAAAAUUAUACGCAUUGACUCGGAACUGAAUGAAAAAUUGGUAAAUCGGAUUGGUGUGGAUAUUUUGAACCAUCCCACGAUAGAAGACUCAUCCAUACACCAGUUAGUAUCUGAAAAAUUGCACAUACCCCUGGAGAUUCUGUCACUAGGGAGAGAUGGGUUUUCUUCUUUUAUUGAGCUUUUGAAGAAAGGCUCAAGUGAAAUUUCUCAUGCUCAAGUGAUGAUUCUUGGUUGUGGUGGUGUUGGAAAAACAACUCUACUGAAAAGGUUAACAACAGAGCAAAGCAUAGAGGAUAUUAGAAGGUCAACUGACUCAACGAUCGGUGUAGACAUUCGUCAAGCUGAAGCUAAAACAUUGAAGGCUUUAAAUUCAAAAGAAAGAGAAACUUUAAAAGUUGAUCUUUCUAAAGUUACUGCAAAAGAGAGAGAUAUCGAAGAGGAAAUUCCACCAGACAGUUUUUCAGAUACAACACUGAAGAAAAAAAGCAUGAAGAGUAAAAUGCCGAUUUCAAGCAGUUCCGAAAGCUGCAUGGAGCAGGAAGAAAAAUGGGCUGAUGGUUCUGUAGAUUUAGAUAGAGGAGAAAAUGAGGAUUUAAUACAAAGCAAGGAUACCCAUGAUUCACUCCCUGUAUCAGAGGCCACUCAAGGAACAUCAUCUUUCACAGGAAAUGAUGAUCCCAAAUCCAAAACCAUCCUAAAUUUAGUUUCAGCCUUAGUGCGCAGGGAAGGUGAUGUGGAUGAAACUAUCGACUUUUAUGACUUUGCGGGACAAUAUGUGUAUUAUUCAACACAUCAGCUUUAUCUCAGUCGUGCUGCAUUUUAUAUCCUUGUGACAGACAUGAGCAGAAAGUGGGAGGAAAAACCUGGAAUGUUGGAGAAUCGGAGGGAACAUCUGAUGUACAGAGAUUGGACAAAUGAAAAAUAUCUAAACUUUUGGCUGGAAUCCAUACAGGCGUUCUCAAGAGAAGACCGACCAUCAGUCAUUUUAAUAGGAACACAUGCAGAAGGGAAAUCUGAUGAGGAGAAACACAACCACUUUGUUCAUCUGAGAGCGGCUUUGAAAUCUGAGGGACUCUUUGAUCUUUUGUCCGAUGAUAGAGAGUUCUUCGUUUCAUUUGAUAGUGAGGAUAAUUUAGAUGAAAUUAGACGAUGUAUUAAAGCAAUUGCCAAAGAUCACAGUAACUGGAGUCGAAGAGUUCCCAAUAUUUAUACACUAUUUCAGGAAAAGUUUAAAGCAAUUCAAGACCAUCAGAAAGUUAUGGCAUUUGAAAAUGUUAUGACACUGCAGGAAGACUUUCCUGUAGAUAUAAGAUUAGAAAAGGAAAACCAAAUCAAGUUCAUGUUGAAGUUUUUUCAUGAGAUUGGUCUUAUUUUGUACUUCGACUGCAAGGAUGUGAACAAGUAUGUCAUCCUGGAUGUGAAAUAUUUCACAAAUGCUUUCAAACGCAUAAUUACAGUAAGGAGUAAUACCAUGCCAAAAGUAGCGAAAGAUUUCCCAAGACAGUGGAUCACUUUCCACGAGAAAGGAGAGCUGCCAGAUGCUCUAUUGGAUGCAAUUUGGAGUAAUGAAGGUGAUCCAACCACUCCAUCGUUUAAAGCUCACAAGCGUGAGCUCCUUUUGUACAUGAAAGAACUUUGCUUUUUAACAGAAGUCAAAGCGAAAAAUGGAUCACUUUUGGUGGUACCCUGCAUGAACACUGUUCCGUUUUCGUCUGGAAUGUUCAAGAACCACCGCAGAACAUCUGUUCUGUGUUUUCAGUUUCCUGCUCUUGCAGGUCUGAUUUUUCACCGACUUGUGACAUGUUGUGCCAAUACAUUGUGGCCCAUUUCAAUGGAGAGAAGAAAAUCGUGCAUAUUUCAAAAUGUAAUGAUAUUUGAGCAUCGUGACAGAUUCAUUGCUGUUGGGAGUGUCCAUGACACAAUUCAAUUGCAAAUAUUUGAUAGUCAUGCUGAUGAUAAGUAUACCAGGGAGAAAUCAAAUACGAAAGUGAACAUUGAAGUAAAAGAGGCUAUUGUGACAAGACUCCAAGAGAUUGUUAACAUUAUUGGUGACAAAUUUCCAUUUACGUGUGGGUAUAAAUGCAAAGCAACCACUUUCUGUGAUGAAAACAAUGAUUGUUUUAUACCAGAGACUGGUAUUGAUUGGUCUACAGAAUAUAUGUAUUGUGAAUCCUGUCCAAUGAGUGAGAGGGAAAGAAUUAAUGUUCUUGAAUUGGUUUCAUACUGGAAAAAGUCUGAAGACAAAGAAUCCGACAUUGAUGCAGAAACAAAUUUGAUAUUUGACUUCGUUUCCCGGAAGCUGAGCAAAGAGAAACAAAUGCUAUGUGUGCGUCUUUUGGAAGAUAGUUCCUAUGCUGACUUGGUAAGUCAACGAAAAAGUAUAUCCCCAGAGGAGGAAGUUUUUCAAAUUUUGUCAAAAUGGAAAGAGUCAAAGCCCAGAUUAAACCACAUUGAAGAGUUAAAGGAACUUCUACAGGACGAAAAUGCACAGAUUGCUCUUGACAUUGAAAACUUCUGUAAAGAGAAUUACUCUUAUAAGUCAGUAUCGAGACCUUUAGAACCCGUUUUUGAUGGGGAAUGUUUGGAGGUUGCCAAAAAGGUGACCAGGGAUAGAAAUGGUCUACUACGCUUUCUAGGAUUGAAGGAAUGUAGAAGGGAACAAAUAGAAGACGAAAAAAAGAAUGUCACGGACGUAAUUUAUGAUUGCUUUUAUAAGCUUAAGAAAGAAGAUGUUCUCAAUAGACAAAAUCUUUGUGAUGCUUUAAAUUAUAUUGGCAAGGUAAAUAUUAUAGAAGACCUCAAUGAAGAAUGGAAGAAAGAAGGUGAGAAGUUUCUGCAGUGACUGGUGACGUGUUUAAUCUGUGUGUGAUGUAUGUAAGGCUUUGUGAUUAAUCAUUUGGAACCACUAGAAAAAUUGUAUUGUAUAGGCCUUUAACUAAACAACAGAGUUGUAAUUUUCCUUACCCAUCAUACAUUUAUCUUCCUGCAAUCUCAUAGGCCAUAGGAAACGAUUUUUACGAGGUGACUUAACUAAAACCUCUUAUUCCUGUCGUCCGAUUCAAUAUGUCUGACCGACAAUUUACUAAAUUUUGUCUUGUUUUCACUUCGUUAAUAUUUUGAAUUUAACAAUUAAUUUCUGAUCAUAAGAUUUGGUAAUACAUGCACUUGUAAAUUUACGAAUGUGUUCGAAAUUUGAUGAUUUUUUUUAUUUGUUUGCUUGUUAACGAUCUAAUUUACCAAUACAACCUGUAAUUACGUCAAAUGCUUUCUGACAUGUUUCAUAUCGAUUGAGGUAGUUCUUUGUACGCUGAUUUGACUACGGAUUACUACGUUUACCCGAUCGAGAUAUAGGGCUCACAGUGGGUGUGACCGGUCGACAGGGGAUGCUUACUCUACCUAGGCAAGUUAUUCCAGCUCUGGAAGGUCCAGGGGUCUGUGUUUACAAAACUCUGAAUUUUGUAAUAUUUGUUGGAGUUAUCAGAUUGAUCGUUGUUCGUUAUAUUUGUCUUUUCAUUUAUCUUUUAUCUAUAUUUUGUGCAAAUAAAGAUCAUAAGAGAUUAUACUAGAUACAUACUUAACAUUUUAAAUAUGUAACAAGUAUGUUCCAUACAAAUAUUAUGAACUAUUUGUGUAUCAACAUUGUAGAUUCGCGAAGUGUAUCGAAUGAAAGACGGUAUUUGAAAACAUACUGUACACGUUAUUUGUUUUUGUAUGGCGCCAAAAGAUGGACUGUGCAAUUAUACUAAAAUACGUUUGUCUCAUUUGUAAAGUAUUUAUUUUGAGUAUCCAUCCCAUUGAAAAUUACUUUCCCAAAGUAUCAUGAUUGAGAUCAUGAGAAAAUGAUGGCCUCAUGAACAUGUGUUUUAUAAACAUUAAAAGAAUGAAUACAAUUUACCUGUAUAUGAAAGAUGAUACGCGAUGAGUUGAUCGACUGUUUUUCAUAAUUGAUUGUGGAUCAUUUCCCUUAAUUUUUCGUAUUAGUACUGGUAAAUGAGCUUUAUUGUGCUCCUAAAUUGAACUGAGAAUACAAUUUUCAAAUGUAUUGAUAAAAUAAAAUCUUCACAUAUGAA